AUGGGGAAUGCUUGCUGUUCUGUCGAGAAAUUUGAACCGGGCAGCGACGCCGCCGUCAGGGAUUUUCUGUCGCGCGCCGCCCAAGGAGUCACGAUGGCUGUUGUCCUUCAAGAUGGAUCGGAUCUGGCGUGUAAAAUGUUCAUCGACACUGUCGAACAGAAGAUAACCAUCAAAUGCGAGGAAAAGGCGCGAAUCAUCACGUUCAGCGGAAUAAAAAACCUUCUCUCGACACCAACGCAGCUGAAGCGGGUGGAAACCAAAGCGAAUUUGACUACCGAGACGAGCGUCGUCGGGGUUCACCUGUUCAAGACCGAGAGCUGCAUUCCAAUUAAGCUGACGAGUGCAGAAGAAAAAGUGAAUUUCCUUGCUGCCAUGAAAACCUUCGGAGUUCCGCCUCCCCGAUCCGAGCAACGAAAGUCGUCUGCUCAUCAGCGGCCUUGA